AUGAGUUCAGUCUCUCUAUCGUUAACACCAGCAGAGAAGCUGUUUCGCCAAUGUCUUUUGGAUUGCCGGAACGAAAUGAAAGACACCCCAGGGAUGAAAGGUUUAGUCCUGAGGUUCACUGGUGGCUGGGUUCGCGACAAGCUUCUCGGGGUUCAAAGCAACGAUAUUGAUGUCGCCCUCAGUACCAUGACUGGGUUGCAGUUUGGCCAGGCGAUGCAGGUGUUCAUGGGGAAGCACGGCACUAAAUAUGAAGAGGAAGCCAAUCAGCAGGGUUUCGCUGCAGCACUAAAAGACCUUCAUAAGAUUGCUGCGAAUCCUGAAAAGUCGAAACAUCUCGAGACCAUCACCACGAAAAUGUUUGGGAUCGAUGUUGAUUUUGUCAAUCUGAGGAAAGAAGUCUACGCCGAGGAUAGUCGAAAUCCACAGAUGGAGUUCGGCACAGCAGAAGAGGAUGCCAUGCGAAGAGAUGCCACAGUCAACGCUCUUUUCUAUAACCUGGACACGCAGGUCGUUGAAGAUUUCACGAGGAGAGGAUUCGAAGAUAUGGACAAGAAGAUCAUUCGCACCCCCUUGGAGCCAUACCAGACAUUCAAGGAUGAUCCACUCCGAGUGUUGCGGCUCAUUCGCUUCGCAUGCCGACUCGAUUACGAGAUCGAAUCCGCCUCUCGAGAGUGCAUGAAAGACAAAUCCAUCCACGAAGCUUUGAGACUCAAAAUUAGCCGCGAGCGCGUUGGAGUCGAAAUCAACAAGAUUAUGAAAGGCCCCGAUCCGUACACUGGCUUGAAAUACAUCAACGACUUCAAUUUGUUCAGCACCGUUUUCGCCAACCCUUCAGGUAGUGACAGCGUUGACUCAAACAUAGCUCUAGCAGCAUACAACGGCUUAAGUCGUAUUUUGGAGGAUAGAUCCUCGAUCUGCCUGGCACUCAAACCAAAGGACGACCCAAAACUGAGCUGGUUCCUCGCAGCUUACACCCCAUGGAUCAACUCGGCACAGGGAGCCUUUGAAGCAUCUCGAGAAGGAAUCAAAGCCACCAAUGCGGAGUGCAAGAUACUGAAAGAAGCCAUCGAUCAGCGCCCAGCCUUACUCGAUAUUCUGGACCUGGUCAACAAAGAAAGUGCAAAACGUUCCGAUGUUGGCAUGGUCAUCCGGAAGUGCAAGGACUCAUGGAGAGCACAUAUUCUCUACUCUUUGCUCUAUGAUGUAGCUAGCGAUCCAGAAAAUUUUAAAGCCACCGCAGACUGCUACCAACGCCUACUCAUCUACAUUGAAGAGAACUCACUCCAGAAUGCGCACAAAAUGCCACCAAUAUUGAACGGUAAUGAAAUUCAUGCGGCACUGGGGAAGCCAAAAGAUCGUCGAUGGAUGGCCAAAGCCGUAGAUAUGCUUGCACAAUGGCAAUUCGAUGCCGCCGAGCCUACGAAAGAUCAAGCCAUCGACAUGUUGACCAGCAAGAGAGCCAACUUUGGACUGGAUUAA